CAGAGCUAGUUACCGAGGCGACCUUCUCGUCUCCAAGACAUGUUCUCCAACGGAAAGGUACGCGUGGGCACACGGUUGCCCAGAACGAUGCUGCCGAUGUGUCCAAGAGCGACUUCCCGCUGUACAGUCGUCCCGUUGAGCGAGUAGGAUCUGGUCGAGAUCAAGCCUCAGGCAUUUAGCACAGUUCACGGGAAGCACAGCGGAGUCUCUACGCCACCCAUGGUACUAUGGCUUGGCAGAGCACAAGUCCACAUGGCAGAUCUUUUUGAACGAGCUGACCCUCGCUUGUGUUGCUGAAAAGAGAUAUGCUCGAGUGCACUAACGAUCUAUAGUAAUUUAUCGUAGCUAGAUCCCGAGCUUACAGGCAGAGCAACGUCAGGACCGAGCAUAUCACACCUAGAACAGGAGAAAGAUGCGCAAGCUGUUGAAGCCUGCCGUGCUGCUCGCAGUUCUCCCUUUACUCGUCGCUGGCGGCAAUCCCCAUCGUCCCUACCAUCCAGGAAUCAACACAAACAACUGGGAGGGGCUCAGCUCCUCCCACAACGGUGACAAGCUCGACUUGAAAACCUGGUGGGAAUUCGGCUGUUCCCGCCAAGAUGCUGAACUCGGACAAUAUCAACUUCAAUCAGGCCGGUGCAAGAGCUUCACACACAGAUUCCAAAGUUUGCUGUUUGAAAUGCCAGUUCGUCCUGAACACCCGAAAUCGAAAGACCAGACGAUUUGGAACUGUACGCUGGCGAUUUAUGAGGGAGAGGAGUGCAACGGACACAAGUUGGUGACGUUCGAGGACCGGAACAAAUCGACAGGGGAGACUACGAACUGUUUACCGGCUUCCAACGCCGACGAUACUGACCGUGUGGGACGUUCCGUAAUGGUGUAUUGUAACGGACCGACUGGGUACGACCUUGCAAUCGUUAAACCUUUUUGCGAAGACCCUCGUUUGAAUCCUGACGGCCACACGGGCCUCCUCUCCAAAGGCCCGUACCUCAACUUCAGAGCGCAAGGCAAACCUGGAAUGAAGGACAAAAUGGAUUAUUUCGACCUGAGAAACCCCUACUGGGAAUACGAUUCUCAGUGCAAAUAUGAUCCAUUUAUGGAUCUAGAAUACAACACAACCGACUACUGGAAUGCAAAGAAGCAUCAUGACACUGAUCCUUACUGGUGGCUCAAAGUCCAUGAACUCAGUGCUUUGACUGGCUGCGAGACGUGGACCGAAGUCUUCCAAUAUGGAUGGUGCGGCACGCCGGGGACGGUGAUCAGUAGCUGCGAGCAGACCAAACCUCAAUGGCCUGCAGUGCUGCCCUGGAAGAAAGACCAGAAAGGCAAUUGGAUACAACCGACGCCCGGUUCCCAGAACAAGUAUCCCCCGUGGCCAAACGACGGAUACAAAGCUUGCUUGAGAGCGUAUGACCAGCACCAAGCAGUCCAAUCUUCGCAAACCAGCUGGAAUGGACCACCUUACUACAGUACAUACUAUGCUUCGACCUUCGACUGGGGCACCGCAACAGGCAAAGUCAGCGGAACGGAGCGAACAAGAUACUAUCCAUAUUUGAAACCCACCGUCAGCACAAUCUGGGACGACAAGGCAGACACCAGUACCUGGCCCACCAGCUGGCCCACGGGCGUCAGUACCUGGACAAUGCCACCCACAGACGCCACAAACGAACUUUCCAUCGCAAAGAAUACCCACACCCGGCCACCAAUGAAAACAAUGUACUCUACCGUCGUAGUCCCGCCGCCUUCCACAACAACACAAACAGCUCUCCUCCCUGGCACCCGUGUCGCAACGAUGCCAAAUGGCGAUCUGAUCCUCGCAAUGUCGACUUGGUCGCAGACCGUGACGAUGGUAGGCUCAACAGCAAUUCUCGAUCCUGCCGAAACAAGCGAAGUGCCGCCCUCAUGGGCUACCUUUCCAGAAUGGAGUCCGACAGGAAGAUACCGUUCGCUGUAUCCUGAAUUUUCGGAGAAGUGGGGAACGACUUCGACAAAGAGAACAGCAUGGGAGCCGACUCCGACGCUUGUUACGAAGUAUUCCACGACAGUCGUGUCGGCUACAACCAGUUCGUGAUUGGCAGGUGUGAAGUUUUAUCCUUCAUUUGCAGCUUUUGGGAGUAUGUUAUCGAAGAUCAUCCAUACAACCGUACUCUGAUCAACCACUUAAC